GACUUUCUACUUCUCAGUUGCCCAUCGAGCAAUCAACAUCUCCAUACACCGAGGUGAUUUACCGCAGCUACGCGCAUCUAAUCGUAGUUUUUCGACUCAGUUACACAUAGAGACCGAUUAAAAACAAUCAUGGGAUCGAGUGCACGGGAAUUGGUGAGAAAAUUCAGGAAGAUGAGCAAUGAUCAAGCACUGAUGUAUUUCGACAAUUACUCAGACGCCGAUAUGGUAAAGGUGUUUGAACUUUUCACGGUAGGAGAACGUUUGGCAGUUGAGAAUGUUGCCAUCCGAUGGAAGGAACUGGCGCCAAUGGCCUGGUCUGGUACGACUACCGAAGAUUUGUGCGACUACUUCAAGAGCAAGAAGGACUUGACGAUGGACGACGUGAUACACGUCCUCGAACGAUGCGCCCAGUACCUGACUCACAUCUGCUUGAUGGGGUCCCAUCAUAAAAUCAAGCACGCGACGGACGUACGAAAGGGGGAGAGAUUGUUCAAACUAUUGACCGAGAGAGCCGAAAGCGUGCGAAAAAUACACUGGGAUUUCGAAGUUCCCGUCGAGCCGCUAAUGACGUUUUACGAGGCGAGGAUACAUCAAUUGCAGGAGCACGAUAACAAGGACUACUGUACCGUGAAAACCGAGAGAGUGAUGAGAUUACUGAAGAAGGCGCAAAACUUGAAAACUUUCAACUGGACCGUGGGCGUUCCCGAGCGAUGCCUCUUUUAUCGGACUAGAAGCAUACUCGAAGCAUUGCCGGAAGAUUUGACAACUUUGAACAUAAACUGCACGGAGGACGAUUUCUCGAUAGAAACCCUGUUCCGGCCUCUAGAGAGAUUCGACAAUCUCAGGUCAUUUACAUUCAAGGGUGGAAGGCUAUCAACGGACCGUACCGGGGACCUCCCUGCCCAAUUACCAGCGUCGGUGCAGCACGUCGAAAUCGACAGCUUUGGCGAGAAAGAAUUCAUCCGUUGCAUGCGCGACGUGGACUCGUUGCGUCACUUGUCGAUCACCGGUGGAAAGUUUCGCGCGGAGGAUUUGGUCAAACUGGUCGAACAGAAUCCAAACCUCGAGCACUUGGCAUUGCGCAACAUGGACUACUUAUGCGAGAAACAAUUCGCGAUUGUAGCCGGAUUGUCGAAUUUGACGUCUCUGCAUUUGCACAAAUUACUGAGGCUGGACGGACCUUCGUUCACGAGUUUAAAGAAACUCCAAGUAAUUCAUGUGAGCUAUUGUCGCAGGGUGUGGCUGGAGAGUCUGCUCGAGUUGGCCGACGUGGCGGAGGAUUUGCGCGAGAUUCAGAUCGCGGAUAAUCCGAUGCCCAAAACGGAGGAGCUGCGCGAAUGUUUAAACACCUUAGCCGUCGAUAGGGAAUGCACUAUUACGUUGGAGGUUUUGAAUCCCGACAAAAAAAAAAGAAAACAUUACUCCUUCCCUAAGGAUACACUUUUAAGUUGUCUUAAUCGAUCACGCAGGAGUAAUUGAAUUUCAUCACGUAGGAGUAAUUUUAGUAAUAAGAAGUUGACACUUUUUUUAUUGUUUAUUGACACGUUUUUAGUUUUCAAUUAAAAAAUUUUUUCUUUUAUCGCCAAUGACGAGCUUACUACGUUUUAUAGGAAUUCAAUGUCAAAUUCAAAUACAUAUCGGUUAUCGUCGAUACAACUAAUGUUUAAUUUUUUGUAAAUUGUAAAUUGUAAAUCUUUAUUACAUUUCAAUAAUUUUAUGGGCGAAAUAAUUUUGUAAAAAUUCGAUCGCCGGAAAAUGUUUUAGAUUAUUUUGAAGCAAUGUAAACUCGAUUUUUAUAGGUAUCAAGUAUUUAGAAUAUAUAUAAUAAAUUUUCUUGAUGACCCAUCCGAAAGUAAUAUUUUCGCCUUUGCGGCCAAAAUGAAAAUGUUAUUUUCUGUUAAGAGACUCAAGAAAAAAAGUAUACGCAACAUUUAAGGUAAAAAAUGCAUCAGAUCACAUGUUCAUCGACCGAGGCCUAGAUUGAUGAAUCUCAUGUGAUAGGAUACAGUCUUUUUUUAUCUACGAUGUUUCGUAAUUUACUAUAAUUAUAUAAUAUUCUAAAUUACUUGUAAUAUUAACUAAUAAUCUUCUUAUCGAUAAGAAAGUCAAUUAUCAACACAAAAUCUUUUGCAAUCAAGAUGUUAAACUUAAUUUUGUAAAAAAAAUCCACUGUAAAUAUAUAACUACACCUCUACACAGAGUUUCCUAUAAACAAUUAUAAUCCAUAACA